AUGGCUGCCCCCAGUGUCCUUACCUUUGAUGCUGAGGGUCGUGCUGUUGACCUCAAAGGGUGCUCCCCCUCCCCCCUUUGGCCCUCUGUUACCUCUACUGCUGCCGUCGACUUCGUUGGCACCGAGUCGGUCGGCGCUGCGUCUGCCCCUAGUGAACGACGUCGCACCGGCAAGGGCAAAGGGGGCAAGGGCGCUGGAGGGGCUGGCGGGGGCGGUGGAGGUGGAGGUGGAGGAGGCGGAGGGAGUGGGGGUGGUGGUGGGGGUGGUGGCGGGGGUGGGGGCUUCGGUGGCGGCAGUCGCGGCGAAGGCGGCGACGGCGGUGGCGUUGGGAGCGGAGAAGGAGGCAGUGGCGGCGGUGGCGGAGGUGGCGGCGGAGGAGGUGGAGCUAGUCGGGGUGGCUCAGGUAGUGAUCAGCGCCAGCAGCAGCAGCGCACUACUGAGACCCCGUCCCCCCAGCAGCUUCGUGAGUGGUACACUGCGCGUCAGCGAGGUGGGGGUGCUGGUCCCUGUACAUACGUUCUCCGUACCGGCGACCGAGCAAGUGAGCAGUGCGGGGGCUUGCACUCCACCCGGCGCUGCUUCGGCCGCCUGACGGACGCUUUGCGUGACCAGUUCCCUGACGCCACUGAGAUCCCUCGCUGGGGAGAGCUGUCUAGGGCGGGGGUUGCUAUCUUUGAUGUUGACUAUGAUGCUAUUCUUGCAGCCAUGUAUACUGUGUCUACUAGUGAUGGGGGUGACUGUUACCUGUGUCUUCCGCCUGACCCGUGCAUUGAGGCUGCUGCUCUAGGUGCUGGUGAGACUGGUGCUCUAGGUGCUAGUGCGUCUGCUGCCCCAGGUGCUGGUGAGUCUGCUCUCUCAGGUACCACGUCGGCUCAGGCCUUACACACCUUCACCCUUGACUCGGGUGCUUCCCGCUCCUUCUGUCGAGACCGCACCACGCUUACGCCGCUUAGUCGGCCGGUUGCGGUCUCCCUGGCGGACCCCUCUGGGGGUCCUGUCCUUGCUCGCUUCUCCACUGUCUUACCGUGUCCGGCAGCCCCCUCUGGCACCCUGUCAGGUCUUUACCUCCCCUUGUUCUCUACGAACUUGGUGAGUGGUGCUGAUCUACACGACCAGGGGGUUGACCAGUUUACUCCUGCGAGUCAGCGGGUGACCCACUGCACGUGUGCUCGGACAGGCCGACACUUGGCCACGUUUACCCGUCGACCGGGGUCGAGCCUAUACACACUGACCACUGCGUCUCCUCCGGUUGCUGAGUCUGGUCAGGUAGCUGCGUCGAGUCAGGUGUUUGCUGCAGCGUCCAGGUCUGGUCCUGAGUCUGCUCCUUGCUCGUGUCGUCUCCUGUCCCACCUGACUCUCCUUUGGCACCACCGCCUUGGUCACCCCUCCCUGCCUCGUCUCCGAGGCAUGGCCUCCCGUGUCCUUGACUCUGGUCUCCCCCGGUCCCUCCCUCCCCUACCUCCGGGGCCUGCCCCUACCUGCGUUCCCUGCGUCGAGGGGCGGCAGCGCGCCACCCCUCACUCCUCCGAGUUUCCUCCGACAGCGGCUCCCCUGCAGACUUUUAAGAUGGACGUGUGGGGCCCUGCCCGCGUCCGUGGCCAGGGCGGAAAGUUUUCCUCUGCCCGUCUGGGAGCCUUCUGUCGUGCACGAGGCAUCUGCCAGACCUUCACGCUUCCGGCCUCUCCACAGCAAAAUGGGAUUGCUGAGCGCCGCAUUGGCAUGGUCAUGGAUGUUGCUCGUACGUCCAUGAUCCAUGCGGCUGCUCCCCAUUUUCUGUGGCCGUUUGCGGUUCAGUAUGCAGCGCAUCAGCUCAACCUUCAGCCCUGA